AAGACCAGUCAAACAGAAAUGGCUUGGAACUAUCACGUAUAUCUGCUGGAACUGAUGAUUCUGGGACUUCUCACAGAUACCAGUGGAGCGACAGAUGCCCAUGUGAUUGUGAGUGAUGGUGAAAAUGUCAAUUUGUUUUGUAAUAAAACUCUUUCUGACUGCACAUCAACUUCAUGGAUAUACUAUAAAAGACAAUCAUAUGCCGUUAUACUGUUUGAUAAAAAUCUCAAGAUGAUUGAUCAUGAAAGACUGAGUCUGGGACCUAACUGCUCUCUGAACAUCUAUAAUGUCACAAAAGAAGAUGCUGGGCGUUACAUCUGUCGCCAAAAGGAGAAAUCUCCAUUUACUGAUGCCAAUGUUUAUCUGCAUUUUCUUCAAGUAUCUCCACUAUCUGAGAUCGAACCAGGCAGCUCUGUCACUCUCUCCUGUCACGUGUAUUCAUAUGAUAACUAUUUUUGUAAGAGUUUGUUUAUUAUUGAGGGAUUGCAACUGAUGUGGAUAAAUGGGGCUGGUGUUGAUCUACAAUCAGACUCCAGAUAUCAGAUCUCAUCUUCAACAGAACACUGUAACAGCAGUCUGAAUACAACACUCCUGAAUGAAGAUGACAACAGAGAGUUGAGAUGUCAGAUUAUUACAGGAACUGAAGUUAAAGGAUUGGCCAGAUACACUGUCGGGAAUUUGGGAAAUUCACCCAGCAUUAAGGAUGGGACUGGAUCAGUAAUAAGAGUGAUUAUUUUUAUCGUUGAGGUUGCAGUACUGGCAGCACCUACUUUUAUUCUUCUCUUGAUCAUCUGUGAAAGGAGAUCUGGUAAAAGAAGAGCUCAGAGCACAAGACUGAGUUAUGUGAAUUGCUCAGAAUCAGUUGUACUAAGUGAUUGUUGAUACAAAUAUUAUGAAAAUGUACAUCAUGCAUUUUGUAAUUAAGGAAUAUUGCUUAUUUCAGACUUUAUUUUAUAUAAUGGAGCAGUGGUGGCCAGUGACUGCUUUUUUCAAGGGCGCUCGAUGCGAUGUUUGUAGCCCGUCAUGUGUGGUUCCUUUUUUCAAAAUAUGUGUUCUGCGCUUCGAGUGAACCACAUGCAUCACAUGUCUUGUCAAAAUAAGUGCCUGCUGCAGAGGCUUCUAAAGGGUUUAUGAUGAAAGAGACGCUCACGUUUGCCAGAUACUCGCAUAAUCUCAUGUGUAAUCAGAGUUUACUGUUAAAAGGGAAACACCAAUUUUUUGAAAAUAUUCUCAUUUUCCAGCUUCCCUGGAAAAUCUCUUUUAUCAUAAACGGUUUUGACACGUGUGCAGCAAGCACUUAUUUUGACAAAACACUUGAUGCACACAGGAUAUCUUGAUGCACAGAAGACAGAUUUUGAAUAAAGGAACCACACACACGACACUCCGAACACUUAUUUUAAUUUAGCGCCCCUCGGAUGAGCAGUCACGAGCCGUCAUUGUAAUAGAGUAAUAUAAAAUAAAGUCUCAAAUCUAAGAACUUGUUCAUCUUAUCUUCUCAAUCUUAUUGCCACAUUGUUAACAUCAGAAUUUUUUUAAAUAAGCGACUAUGAUUCUGCUAGAUCUGAGAAAAAAACAUCCUUUAUUUCAUUACUCUCAUUUCAUUUUUUACAUAAUUGUAUUUAAAACGCACGCUCACGCGCACACGCACAUGCGCGCACACACACACACACACACACACACACACACACACAUUUAAGUUCAUCAUACAAAUUUAAAUAUUAGUGAAAGAUAACAAGUACACACAACAUACAGUUUUUAAAUAAGGGUUUUUAUUAUGAAGAAAAACAAAAUCCAUUAAAAAAAUGUAUCUACUUGUAUUCUUAUUUUAUCAUUCUAUAUUAAAUAUACUGAGAUUAUUUUAUAAAUAAUUUUUCAUUUUAUUCAACAACACUUCGUCUCUUGCUUGCUGUUUUCCCCUUCAUCUCUGUAUCUGUCUGGUUGAUUUGAAGUAUUAACGCUCACAUCUGAGUUGAUAUUUAAGAUUAAAGAGCCUGUAUUACAUUGCUAAAACUAUGUAAUGUUGUGUAAUUGGUGUAAUACAA